AUGCCUACCGCCGCAUCGGUCGACAGGAGUACGUCCAACAGUAACUGCUCCAGGGAGUGUAUGACAGACAUAGUCACUCAGAUUUUGGACUCCAUGGUGGCCCGCAAUCCAUACACCCUACCAAUGGCAACAGUCUAUCAAGCGACUGAAAACUCGCACCCAGCAGCGCUCAGCACGAUGACACUGUGGCGCACCGUCGUCACGGCAGGCCCGCCCAGCCUGCUGGCCAUUGACACCACCAACGGCACGGCGUAUUUCGCCCUGGACAUCAGCGAAGGCAACAAAGCGACGGAUGCAGUCCUUCGGGGCCGGGUCAAGGUGGUUGACCAGCAGAUCACGGAGCUGGAGCUGUUCAUCAACCGGAACCGCGGCGAUCACGGCUUCUCCUUCUCGGCUGCGGAACUGCCGACAAAUUACAAGGAGUUGAUGUCGCCGCCGGCGAAUCGGACCAAGGCGAGCCGGGCCACUCUGGAGGCUCUGAGCGAGGCCCUGUUCGCCACGUCUAGCAACUUCUCGGUCAGCGUCAGCGACAGCUGCCAGUUCACCGAGAUUGGCUGGCGAGUCGUCGAUCCUGGGACGUACGGCAACGGUUCGACCACCCCGCUUGGAUGCAGCUGGCCCUCUGAUCACCCUACCGACAGCAACGCAAGGGUGGGCCUGGUCAUUGACGAGGAAUUGGGUUUCGUCGUGACCAGCGGCACAGUUCCGGGUACGGUCUAUCCCUACGGGAACGUCUCCGCCUUCAUACCAAACGCCAUGACUUCGGCACAAGAGGCGCAGGAGGUGUGGUUUGAGGAGAUGAAGGCUCUGGGUACUAUGCCGCUGCUGUCUCCCACCGGAGCCACUGGUGACACUCUCGAGGUGCUCCAGUACUACAAUGACGAGCUCCAGGCCAUGCAGAUCAAUGUCUACCUGAGUGGCCCGGACAUGACAUCGCCCUGGUUGUAG